AUGGCCAACAAUUCUGAUGAAAUGCGUCAAUAUCGUGAAGCUUUUUCACUUUUUGAUAAAGAUCAUGACGAUAUAAUUGCACCACAAGAACUCGGUAUUGUUCUUCGUUCAUGUGGUUUAUCACCAUCAGAAGCUGAUUUACAAAAAAUUCAACAACAAGUUGGUCGAAAAAUAGAUUUCGAUACAUUUGUUCGAGUUGCACAAAAUUUUAAAACAAAUAAUAGUGAAACAGAAGAUGAUAUACGUGAAGCAUUUCGUGUAUUUGAUAAAGAUGGAACUGGUUAUGUAAGUGUUGCUGAACUUAAACAUGCUAUGAUAUCAUUAGGUGAAAGACUUACUGAAGAAGAAGUUGAUGAAUUAACACGUGAAGCUGAUAUUGAUGCUGAUGGAAGAUGUAAUUGUGAAGAUCUGGUACGAAUUUUAACAAAUAAGCAACGUUAA